AUAAGUAGCUAUAUACCAUGGGACUUCAAAGACAGAUAUUUUGUUGUAAUGCAUUUGUUCAUUUUCAAUUGAAAUUAAAGCACAUGUUUUCUACAUAUCCCAUGAUAUUUUAUUUUCUCUUAUGAGGUUUAUUACCAAAACACCCCGUCCAUCUGCUCCUGGUCCGGCCCCCCUGUCAAAUUUUAGAACCCUUUGUGGCCCACAAGUCAAAAAGUUUGCCCACCCCUGUCCUAGACCAAUGGUUCCAAACCUGUGGUCCAUGGACUCCUUGCUUAAUCGUAUUGGUCUAUGUCCUAAACAAUGUUGGACCACAACACUACUGUCUCAGCUCAGCAUCCUAUGUACCUAUUUAGGAAACAGACAAGGCCAAACAUUUUAUAGUGGGAAAGAAGUAAGAUUUUACUUAAGAAAGGAGGUUUCCAGGUUGCAAGAUGAUCCCUCAAUCUUCCAGUACUACCAUCUAAAUGUAUUUAUACAGUUGGCCCUCCUUAUCCACGGGAGAUUGGUUCUGAGACCCCCCGCGGAUACCAAAAAUCGCGGAUGCUCAAGUCCCCUAUUUAACCUGAAUCAGUGUGGUGAUCUUUAGCACCCAGCAGAGCCCUGGACUGUAUUUAACAUGUUCAGAGCGGUGGACAUUAGGACCUGGUGUAGCUCUGAAUCCACGGUGUUUCUGUUCACAAAAAUAAUCACGAUCGUGAUUGAAAAUAAGGUGGAAGUAAUAAAGCAAUUGGAAAGAGGUGAAACACCAUCGGUCAUUGGAAAAGCAUUAGGCUACAGUCGGUCAACGAUCGGAACAAUUUUAAUGGAGCAUUUGAAAGGCCCUGCCCCGCUGAAAGCUACAAUUAUUACUAAGCAACAAAGUGGUUUAAUUAUUGACAUACGUAUGCUUCUUAAGUGUUUUAUAUGCAUAGAAAGGUAAAAUAUGUACCUUUGACUAACAUUCACUUGACUAACGUUUGACUAACUGACGCUAAAGAAUACCGGAUGUACCUGUUCUGUCUUCAAAUCCGACUUAAAGAUGGACUCAGGAAUGGAACUCAUUCAUAACCUGAUUACCUUGCUCUUGAGGUGACCAGAGUCGACACGGUUAGUUAAAUACUACAAGCUGGACUUGAAAACAAGCAGUGAUGCAUUUCUUUUUGAGGAAUUUCAUCAAACCAGCCUCUCGGUUAUCCUACAGAAUGGCUUCAAAUUAUGUCAGUCGGAUCCGCUACCUAUGUGACCUGAAGGAGGAUGAUGAAGCCUGCCGGAAGGCUCUGAGCUCUGGAACUUUCCUGCUUUUUCAUGGUCUCUCACCUCUUUUGCAGAGGAUUCAGAACAAGUACAUAGCACCAUUUGUUACAACCUCAGAGCUGAAUGGAAUUCUUAAGAAGCUGGGCCAGACAGAAAAAUGGAUGGAGGAAUCAGUUCUAACUGGUUGUACAGAAAGUCUUGUGCCACAGUUUGCACUAGAUUUAGGACAAACUGAAAAAGCCAGAGCGGAAAUGCUACUAAAGGGAAGGUUUGUAGAAUUUCAGAAAGCCUUCUUCCUUGUGGAAGGAAAGGAUUCAGCUAUGCUGUCCCAGGCUCAGGCCCUUCUCCGUUGGCACAGCACACAUCUCUACUGUGGUAGAACUGGACAACCAACGCAGAAAAAUAUAUCCGGCAGCAAGCGUGUCUGUGGCACAGAUGAAGUAACCUAUUAUCCACAGAUGUCUCCUGUGGUUAUCAUGUUGGUAUCCAAUGGAACACAUUGCCUGCUGGCACGCCAGAAGGGGUUUCCUCCUGGAAUGUAUAGUGCGCUAGCUGGAUUCUGCAACAUUGGAGAGACAGUGGAAGAGGCUGUGCAUCGAGAAGUGGCGGAAGAAGUUGGUUUGGAUGUGUCCUCACUGUCGUAUUCUGCAUCCCAACACUGGCCCUUUCCCAGUAGCUCUCUGAUGAUUGGGUGCCAUGCAAUGGUGCAGCCAAAGCAGAACAAGAUUGAGCUCAACAACUCUGAGCUUGAGGAUGCCCGCUGGUUCGAUGCUACAGAGAUAGAGGAACCUUUAAAGCGUAAGCAGGUACCAAGCAAGAAAGAAAUGGGUGAGAUUGCGUUCUGGAUCCCACCGCCCCAGGCUUUAGCACAUCAUCUAAUCAAAGAAUGGAUGCAAAAGCAGUAGCAGUCUUGAAAUCCUGCAGAUAAUCAACUAUUGGGAUUGAAUGGUGCACAGAUGCUGUUCUUUUGCACCAUGUGUGAUAGUUUAUAUGGUUCAUCUACUAACGAGGCAACCACAAGGAACAACUGCAUUACGUCAGACAGUUUUCCACAUUAAAGACCUUUAUAAAGGGAGAUAUAAUCAAGAAUGUUUGUGUCCACUGCAGCUCCAGACAGAUGAAGGAACAAGUCAUUAUUGUGGUGUAUUCCUAAUUAUAAAUGACAAUCUCUGGCAUUCAACCAGUGCUUCUGCUUUAAAGGGCUCACCUUAAGAUUCAAAGGAUUUGAUUUCAUUUAAACCUAAUUUUGAUUACAAAAAAUAAUUUUGCCUUUCUUUGUGGAAAAUUCUUUUCGGUUUUGGAGAUCCUCGUCCCAUUUUUGAUAGUCCGUAUCAACUAUUCCAAGAAAAACUCAGGGAUCAUGUAAAAUAAAUCUUCACAUUAACAGAAGUAAUCCCUGUUGAAGCAUUUUGAAACAAAAUUUCAGUUAAUCCUGUUCAUUGUUAAUUUGAUUCAUUAAAACAUUUUACUUAUGCUAAUAAAGUCUCUC